AUCACUAACAUUCUUAGAAAAGAAAACAUCUCGGUACGCAUUGCCCACAAAUCCUACACUCUCAGACAAGCCCUAUCCCACACCUCGAGGGAACGCAAAUGCACUAGAGACAAAUGCCCUAUUUCUAACACCGGGUUGUGUUUAAGAAGAAAUGCAGUGUACCAGCUCACGUGUAACAGCUGCGAUCAGCAAUACAUUGGUAACUCGACACGCUUUAUCCACGACCGCGUAAACGAACAUGUCAAUAAUGAAAACUCCUCUAUGAAAAAAAUAUCUACUCCUGCCAGAACAAAGACUAUAAAUGCAUUGAAGUCAAGAUUAUUAUGAGCGAAACGACCCCGCUAAUCUACGCCUUUAUGAAGCAUUUUACAUUAGAAAGUAUACGCCUACACUCAAUUCCCGGGAGGAAUGUAGUAAAUUCGCAGACCGUCCAUUUUAGUAUUUAA